AUGUCAAGUUGUUGUCUGCAACCCCCCGCCGUGCGUGCAAGAGGCAGAGACAGAGAGGAGGAUGGAGAGCACAGUGGAAGUAGACAAAGGGCCAGUCCCGGAGCACCAAUCCAUCGCUGCUGCCCAACCACCACCCUCCCCUUCCGAAAUAGCUCAAAUGGUUUGGUGGUUCUUGCCGUCGCCUGCUUAAAUAUUCACGAGGAGCCAGACAUGUUCAAUGCUCAUGCUGUCAGACGGUUUUCUUACUUCAUGUUAUCUUGUGAUGAUAUUGUACGCCUAGCGCAAGUAUUGCCAAAGUUUGAUAACAAUGUUGGACAAGUUAAAUGUGGUAGUUGUGCAGUGUUGCUGAUGUAUCAAUAUGGAGCUUCAUCCGUCAGGUGUUCCUCUUGCCAGUUUGUGACAGAAAUUGGAGAACACAACAAGCGUCCUCCAUGGUCUGUUCAACAGGGGCAACCACCUCCCCCUGCCAAUCCUGUUCAUUAA